GGUCUAACUGGUCUGCAGCUUGUUGGCGCUUUCAUUGUCAGAUUCAACCGUAGAACUGCUGUAGAACCUCUGCAGUGUAAAUAAAAACGUCUAUCUUUAGCCAUUUUCGAGGUUACUGCGAAUACAAAACCAAGAGGCGCUGCCAGACGAAACUGUCAACAUGCAUGUGAUCAAACGAGAUGGACGCCAAGAGGCAGUUAGCUUUGAUAAAAUCACAUCUCGCAUCCUGAAGCUUUGCUAUGGCCUCAAUUUGGAUUUUGUAGACCCUACUGGGAUCACAAUGAAGGUGAUCCAGGGUUUGUAUAACGGCGUAAGCACUGUGGAGCUGGACACUCUGGCCGCAGAGACCGCCGCUACCCUGACUACCAAACAUCCCGACUACGCCAUCCUGGCAGCACGGAUUGCCGUGUCUAACCUGCACAAGGAAACCAAGAAAGUCUUCAGUGACGUGAUGGAGGACCUGUAUGCCUACAUCAACCCAGUCAACAAGCGUCACCUCCCCAUGAUCUCGAAAGAGACACUCGACAUUGUGCUGGAAAACAAAGCUCGUCUCAACUCUGCCAUCAUUUACGACAGAGACUUUUCGUACAACUUCUUUGGUUUCAAGACUCUUGAGCGAUCAUACUUGUUGAAAAUAAAUGGCAAAGUGGCUGAGAGACCCCAGCACAUGCUAAUGAGAGUGGCGGUGGGCAUUCACAAAGGAGAUAUCGAUGCCGCUAUUGAGACUUACAACCUACUGUCAGAGAAAUGGUUCACGCACGCCUCCCCGACUCUAUUCAACGCUGGUACCAACAAUCCACAACUGUCCAGCUGUUUCCUGCUAGCGAUAAAGGAUGACAGCAUCGAUGGUAUUUAUGACACACUGAAGCAUUGCGCCCUCAUCUCUAAAUCGGCGGGAGGCAUCGGGUUGGCCGUCAGCUGCAUCAGAGCUACCGGGAGCUACAUUGCUGGGACAAACGGCACUUCGAAUGGGCUGGUUCCGAUGCUCCGUGUUUACAACAACACGGCGCGCUAUGUUGACCAAGGAGGCAAUAAGAGACCCGGUGCAUUCGCUGUCUACUUAGAGCCGUGGCAUUUCGAUGUAUUUGACUUUCUGGAGUUAAAGAAGAACACGGGUAAAGAGGAGCAGAGGGCCAGAGACCUUUUCUUUGCUAUGUGGAUCCCAGACCUCUUCAUGAAACGCGUAGAAAGCAAUCAGGACUGGUCUCUCAUGUGCCCCGAUGAGUGUCCCGGUUUGGACGAGUGCUGGGGAGAAGAAUUUGAGGAGCUCUACACAAGAUACGAGAAGGAGGGCCGGGCUAAGCGUGUGGUGAAGGCUCAGCAGGUGUGGUACGCCAUCAUCGAGUCCCAGACUGAAACGGGCACUCCGUACAUGCUGUACAAGGACGCUUGCAAUGGGAAGAGCAACCAGCAGAACCUCGGGACCAUCAAAUCCAGCAAUUUGUGCACCGAGAUUGUCGAGUAUACCAGUAAAGAUGAGGUUGCAGUGUGCAACUUGGCUUCCAUUGCCCUCAACAUGUACGUCACCUCCGAGAAGACCUAUGACUUCAAAAGGCUUGCGUCUGUCACCAAAGUCAUCGUGAAGAACCUCAACAAGAUCAUUGACGUCAACUACUACCCCGUGCCCGAGGCUGAGCGCUCGAACAAACGUCACCGGCCAAUAGGAAUUGGCGUUCAGGGCCUUGCUGAUGCCUUCAUCCUGAUGCGUUACCCGUUUGAAAGCCGGGAAGCCCAGUUGCUCAACACCCAAAUCUUCGAGACCAUCUACUACGCCGCUUUGGAGGCCAGUUGCGAGCUAGCGGCUGAAUUGGGGCCUUACGAAACCUACGCUGGUUCACCCGUUAGCAAGGGGAUACUCCAGUAUGACAUGUGGGGGCGAAUCCCGACUGAUUUGUGGGACUGGAGCGCCUUGAAGGAGAAAAUAGCCAAGCACGGCGUUAGAAACAGUUUGCUCUUGGCGCCCAUGCCCACGGCCUCCACUGCUCAGAUCCUCGGGAAUAAUGAGUCUAUCGAGGCCUACACCAGCAAUAUCUACACCCGCAGAGUGCUCUCGGGGGAAUUUCAGAUUGUCAAUCCUCACCUGCUGAAGGACCUCACAGAGCGAGGACUGUGGAACGAUGACAUGAAGAACCAACUGAUUGCUCAGAAUGGCUCCAUCCAGGCCAUUGAGGAAAUCCCAGCUGAUCUGAAGCAGUUGUACAAAACCGUGUGGGAGAUCUCUCAAAAAACCGUCUUGAAAAUGGCAGCCGACCGCGGCGCCUACAUUGACCAGAGCCAGUCGCUGAACAUCCACAUUGCCGAGCCCAACUACGGCAAACUGAGCAGCAUGCACUUCUACGGCUGGAAGUUGGGCCUUAAAACGGGCAUGUACUACCUGAGGACGAAGCCCGCAGCCAACCCCAUCCAAUUCACCCUCAACAAAGAGAAGCUAAAAGAAGCUCAGACGACGAAGUGUUCGGGGGAGGAGAGCAAAGAGCGCAACAUGGCCACCCUGGUGUGUUCGCUAGCCAAUAAAGACGAGUGUCUGAUGUGUGGCUCCUAGCUGAAUCACUACACGAGCGCGCAAAAUUUCCAUUUUUGCCAUAACAGGUUUGUAAAUACUAUGUACUUGCGUUAUGUACUUGCUUCGAAGUUAUUUAAUAUUCGCUGGGAUUAUCAGUUAUGUUGUACAGUGUAUCAUAUGGAACAAUAGAAUGCAAUUUUUGUACACUUUGUGGUGUGUUUUUAGACAGUGUAUCCCUCAUAAAUUAACUUUUUAAAUGCACCAAAUAUAACAAUUUUGACACUAAUACGAUCGCAGGAAUGAUUUCCAGAGACCUCAUUAGGCACAUCUGCACAAUCUAAUGAUAUCUGGAUACAUGACCUUUAAAAAAAAAAAUCCUUUACAGGGAUAAUGUUACUCAGUUCUGAUUGUUCGAGACAUUAUAAUUCAGUGUUUAUUUUAGCACUUGCUCUGUAGUAUGCGGUGGUAGAGCUGCAGAAUGUAACUAAAUAGAAAACCUUGGAACGUGAAAUAUGCUGCGGUGCGACAACACAUUGUAUUUUACCUUACUGAAACCAGUAAACAUUCAGGGGCUUGACAGGAAUCAUAGUUUGGAUCGUGUGACGGCAUGCAGUAAUUCAUUGUCACGCAUGUAUGUUCUUAAUAUGUCUCUGCACGAGAUUCAUGCUGCUUGGUUGUUUUUCCCACUGUG